GAUCUUUGGACUGAGAAGAAGUCGUUGCCUCCCAACAUAAACAGACAGCCAUGGCUCGCAACAUCAGCAUGACGAUGGGCCUGCGUAACGCCUCGUCUGGCCUUUACCUGACCCAGGAGACCUUCGGCUUUGCCGUCAACUGCAACGGCAAGAGCCUGAAGAAGAAGCAAACGCUCACGCUCGUGGCCCAGGACGGUGGCAUCCACUUCAAGACCCACCUGAACAAGUUCCUUUACGGUGAUCGCGACGGCAACGUCAAGGCCGACGCUGAUGCCCCUUCGGCCGAGACCCAGUGGACCAUCCUCCCCCAGGCUGAUGGCACCUGGGCCCUCAAGUCGGCCGCUGGCUUCUUCUUCCACGGCACUGGCGACAAGCUCACCGCCUUUGUCGGUGGCGAUGAUGUCCCCGCUGAUGGCCGCUGGGUCGUCCACCUGGCCAUGCACCCCCAGAUCAACCUCUACAACGCCAUGCGCAAGCGCUACGUGCACCUCAGCACCGACGGUGAACUCCAGUGCAACGAGGAUGUGCCAUGGGGUGAGGAUGCCCUCCUCAACCUCAUCUUUUUCGAGGAGCACCCCACCGGCCGCUACGGUCUCAUGGCCUGCAACGGCAAGUACCUCGAGAACUCUGGCAAGCUCGUCGAUGCCCCCAAUGGCAACUGCCAGUUCCUCCUCGGCUUCCACGAUGAUCACAUCUCCCUCUGCGACGACGAGGGUCGCUUCCUGAGCUGCGUCGGUGGCAAGGGUACCGUCCGCGUCAACAAGCAGAAGGUCACCAAGGACGAGCUCUUCCGCAUCCAGGACUCCGAGCCCCAGUUUAUCAUCCGCAACAUCUUCAAGAACCUCAACGUGUCCGCCCGUAACGGCGCCGAGGUUAAGGCCGACCAGAAGCUCAACGACGUUCAGGACACUGAGCGCUUCCAGUUUGAGGUCGCCGAUGGCGAGGUUCACGUCAUGUCCGACAAGCUCAAGUACUGGGCUCCCCGCGAUGAUGGCUCUCUCGCCGUUGAGACUGAGAAGAAGUCUGCCAACACCGCCUUUGUGGUUGACUACUCGGCCGGUAACACCGUCAAGUUCCAGCACAAGGCCAGCGGCAAGUUCCUCAUUGCCAAGCCCAACGGCGCCAUGUUCGCCACUGGCGAUGCCUCGGACGAGGCCGCUGCCUUUGAGCUCGCCAUUAUCAACCGCCCCACCCUGAUUCUCCGUGGCCAGUACGGCUUCCUCGGCGUCAAGGGUGCCUCGGGCCGCGUUGAGUGCAACCGCUCCCACCCCGACGUCUUCAACCUCGUGUCCAAGAAUGGCGAGUACUAUCUGCAGAAGGACGGCAAGUACUGGACCGUCGACCAGGAUGGCGUGGCCUGCGUGUCUUCGUCCCCCGUUGCCUUUUUCUUUGAGUUUGUCCAGCUCUCCAAGGCCCUCAUCAAGCACAAGGAAAGCGGCAAGUACAUCAUUGGCGAGCAGAACGGUGGCUUCAAGGCCAACGGCGACCGCGAGGAGACCAACACUCUCUGGGAGUUUUAAAUGAAUGCACAUUAUCUCACAUGAAUCCCCGGUGCGAGGUUGUUGUUGAUCGCUGGUGUCCCUUCAUACCCUCUUCUUUUACUUGCCUCGUUUGUUUUCUUUUCUUCUUCUCUUUUUUUUUCUUCGCCAUGUCCACGUCUCCUGGGCGCGCCUUGGCCCCGGGCUAUGCCGUGUUGAUAAGGUGGUUGGCUGACCGAGGAGGGUGUGGCACACCCUGCGCCAUCUCUCUUGGAAACUGAAGAAAAAUAAAAAAGAACAACAAUUAACUGAAUGACGAUC